GAGCUGUAACUGGUUUCCAGGUCAGAUCCAGUCCGCCGGAACUACCUGUUCCACCUGGAAACUUUGGAGCCGCAGGCAGCCCGGGAGCGCUGCAUGCUGGGAGGAACUCAGCAGCUGACUGACUCCACCUUCACCUCCAGCCGUCACACACCGCCCGGCUGGCCGCUCCGACCGCCGCUGGACCCCUCUGUCUUCACACCGAGUCAUGGACCUGAGGGACCGGCGUCUCACGGUGAGCUGCUCCGCUGUCCGGGUCACACGGUGCCGCUGGAGGAGCUAACACUUUGGCUAGCUGCGGGAAACAGGAUUGUUGUGCUUGGAGUUCGGCUCGGUUCUGUAUGGAUCUGCUGCUUCGGACGGAGCCAGACUGGGGCGAAUUUACGGGUGUAGCCGCGGCGAGUCCCGUGGGACCGGGGUGUGAUGGAGCCAGACGUGAUCCGGAUGUACUCUUCGUCGCCGCCACCGAUGGAGGACGGUGCAGAGGAAGAGGACGAUGAGUUUGGGGACUUCGGGACGUUCUCCGGCGUCCCCAGCAGCGUCAGCUUCUCCGAGUUGGACACGCCGACGUCCUUCGACCAGAAUCAGGCGCUGACCGCCACCUCGCCGCCCGACCUUCACAACGGCAGCGGGGUGCUGGGCUUUUUCCACGCCCCCUUUGGCGAGCCGAACAAGGCCAACGGCCGCCUGGAGGUCCGUCCCUCAGAGCAGACGGACGCCAGGAAGACGGCGUCCUCCUCGCAGGAUGUCUCUGUUGAUUGCAACGGUGAAGAUGCAGAGGUCCUGACCAACGGGUUUGUGACCUUUGACCUUCAGGGAAGCCCCUCCUCACAAGACUCUGUCUCGUCUCAUGCCAGAGGACCGUCCACGGAGGGCGGGGACGGCGUCCCGGUCCAAGACGACGGCGUCCAAAAGGACGAGUUUGCAGACUUUGCUGCUUUUUCUGACUCUGAAGAGACGCAGAGUCAGAGGGACAGGAAGGGUCCACCGGGGACAUCCGUCUGUCCCCAGGACAGGAAGGGUCCACUGGGGGCAUCCGUCCAACCCAGAGACCUGGACAGUCCAGUGGAGACAUCCGUCUGUCCCCAAAACGGUGAGCGGGGAGCAGAAGACGCAGUGAGGGACGUCCACCGGGCCGAGGCCCCCCCCGGCUCCUGUAACAUGGACCGGAGCCCGGACUGUCCCCUGGGGGACGCGUGUCUCUCUGUUUGCACUAUGGGGCGUCUGUCCCCGAACGGGACGGAGGACGAGGACGAGUCCCGGGAGGCAGGGGACGAGCGUAGCUCGGAGACGUCUCUGGGCCGGCUGCUGUCCACGGACGGCCUGGAGGACCUGGGGGACAUCAGCACCACGGGGUCGUCCCCGCCGCCGCCAGGGGACGCCGCCACGCCCGCCGGGGACGACUUUGGAGACUUUGGGGACGCCACGUCCUUCGGCGCUCAGGGCUUUUCUGACUUUGAGCAGAACCGACCGGACGGUCCGGAACCUCCAGAACCUGCUGGGUCCGAGUCAGAGGACGACUUCGGGGACUUCAACUCCCCUAAGGUCCUCGGCGGACAGCGGGACGGAGACGGGGACGGAGGGACGUUUGCCGACUUUCCCAGCAGUGAGAGUUUCGGGAACUUUAGCUCAGUGAAAGACGGUGAGGACGACUCGGGCUGGAGCGCCUUCAGCGAGCAGAACCAGAACCAGAACCAGAACCAGGAGGAUGGAGAGUCCUGGGCGGCGUUCAGCUCAGAGCCGAGCGGCAAGGAGGACCGGGACGAAGAAAGAGAGGACGCUGGGAGGACGGUGGCGCUGCCGGGGGCGCUGUCCGGCCGUCUGGAGAAGCUGUUCCUCAGCAGCUUCCCUGUUAGCUCCGCCCACAGCCAGCAGCAGGUGGGGGAGGGGCAGCUGGUGGAGACCCUGAAGGUCCUGCUGGAGCCGCGAGGCGAGGAAGAGGAGGAAGAGGAGAGGCUGAGCAGCAGGUCGGCGCGCGGCGGCGUCUGGACGCAGCUUCAGGACGUCCAUGAGGCUCUGGGCCUGCGGUACCAGUGGGGGGGUUCCCAUGGCAACAAGGUUCUGCUCUGCUGCCUCGGCAUCGACACCAGGAACAUCCUGUUCACGGGUCAGAAGAAGCAGCCGGUCAUCGUGCCGAUGUACGCGGCUGGCCUGGGGAUGCUGGAGCCGACCAAGGAGCCGCUGAAGCCCAUCUCUGCUGCCGAGAUGAUCGCCUCCAUCGCCCUGAUGCCGCCCGCCGUCGCAGAGAAGAGCUCCGUCCAGCCCGACUCGGUGCAGCAGGAGGCGCUCCCCCCGGUCCAGUUCGACUGGAGCAGCAGCGGCCUCACCAACCCUCUGGACGCCAGCGGAGGCUCGGCUCUGUUGAACCUGGAUUUCUUUGGUCCGGUGGAGGAUUCAGGCUCCAGCAGCUCAGCCUCCAUCCCAGGUGUGGACCCGGAGCUGUUCGAGCUCACCACCGCCAAGCUGGACCCGAGCGGCGCUGGCAGCCGCGUGGCCGACGCCUUCGCUCGCCUCAUGUCCACCAUGGAGAAGACCAGCACGUCCACUCGGAAGCCCAGGAGGGAGGAGAACCUGAGCGACGAGGCGUCCAAGGUGAUCGCGGCGCUGCCGGACCUGUCCUUCAUGCAGGCCAAGGUUCUGAUGUUCCCCGCCACGCUGACGCCGCUCUGCUCACACGCCACGCCCGACUGAAGCCCCGCCCACACGCAUCACUUCCUCAUCUACAUCUUUGGUUUUUUCAUCUUUCAGUUUCUCGGUGGGGGUGUACAUAAUCAGGGAUUUAAUGUUUUAUUUUAAUGAUUCUGCUUUUAUUCUGGCGGGACUAUGAAGGAAACACUGGCUGAAGCUCUUAAGCUGAACAGAGAUCUGUAAAGUAUGAAUACAUUUAUAUCAACAUAUAGAGUCUUUAUAAGAAUAUUUAUGGACUGAAACCACACUGCCUGCAGAAUCCAGCUGAAUGUUCGUCCUCGUUCGUUUCCGAGGCCUUAGUUCGUCCCGCCGCUUCCUGUCCUCCCCGUCCGUCUCGUCCGGGACGCGUGGCUGGAACCGGAAGGUUCUGGAGCUGUGAAGGAGUUAAGGGACCAACCCGUCUGUCGUUUUGUUUUUGCUCUAACUGCUGUGGCCGUCUCCCUGGAGGGUUUUGCACAUUGUGAAGAUGAUUGGAUGUAAUUGUAGUUCACUGUGGCUUCAGACUGUAAACCGAGGAAGUUCCUAUGGAAAACCGCUGAAUCACUGGAAGAGCCUGCGAGGAGUCGCCGUGCAUGCCGGGUCUUCCCAGACUGGAAAUGUGUAAAUUUUAGUGUACACAAGAUAUUAAAAUAAUUUAAGAGGAA